AUGAUUCAGAUUAUCUGGAGAAUGAUGUCUCAGACCCUCCGCUUCGGAGUGUUCAUUGUGGUGGUCAUGGCAGGCUUCGCGCUUGCUUUCACCACCGUGUUUGGGUCUUGCAACGCCGACAGCCUCCUUGGGGAGAGCUUCGGGUCCUUCGGCACGGCUUUCCUCUCCGUCUUUGAGGCGCCACUUGGGGAGUUUUCGUUCGAGGACUUCCAUGACGUCGGCACGCAGUGCCCUGACAAUCCUGCACCGGGGCGCGCGAGUGAUGCAGGCACGUUUCUGCUGGUGGCAUACUUGGUCGUUCUUGCGGUUGUUAUGCUCAACCUUCUCGUUGCGGUGCUCACCACGGCUCACGGAGAGGUGAACGCCAACGGGGAAAAGGAGUUCCACCUCGCACGGACGAGGUUGAUCCUACAAAGUGCGCGUGCGGUUGCGCACCGACGCAUUCCGCCGCCGCUGAAUCUAGUCCAGCUGAUUGUGGGUUUGCUGUUGGACACGGUCGGCGAGCUAGCUUGGUGGGUGAGGCUUGACGCGGGCAGGUGUAAACUGCGCCAGGAAGGCGAGGGCUUUGUGCCGAUCACUGCCACGUACGGCUGGCACACGUUCGACGGAACGCUGCAAAGACUGUUUUUCGUGCUGACGAUGGGUUUGGUCGCUGUGGCGCUGAAUUCGUUGCUCUGGGUGCUUUCGCUUCCGUGGGUGGCGUGGAGACUUGUUUGCUGGGUGUCGUACGAGUUCGCCAAUGAAGGCGAUGACGAUGAGGACGAGGAAACCAACGCACCGGUCAAGAGAGGGAAACUCAGAGAGUCUCUCUUGGCCUUGGGCACCAUCGCAGCCUGCUGGCUGGCCCUUCUCUUCGCUGCGGCGCUGUGUGGGGCUUGCAUCGUCGGGUCUUUCUUUCUUUGGUUUCGCGGCGUGUGGAAUGUGUGGGAGUGGGUGCGCUGGAGACGCUCCGAAGAAGGGAAAUUCGUUUCAGGCGAGACCGACCAAGAGUGCCCCACGGCAAUGCCCGGGCAGGAGCACGGUCAGAACUGGCGGCAUGCCUGGCAGCACGUGGCCAAAGCCCGGAAUCUCCGGAUCCGGCAUGAGCACGGCUCGGAGCACUUUCAUGUCGCUCCAUUACUGCAGUCUACGACCGGGCUCGAUAUGAAGCGCUUGUGCUCUCUCGCCAAGAAAAAAUACAGUGAUCGGCGGCAGAAGGAGCCGGGGGACGCGCCAGGAGAAGAAGGAAAUGGUAUGGGGUUUGAAGGCCUGGACGAUCUGGGCCUGGAUCCAGCCGGCGGAAGUGUUUCCCGUAUCCAGAUGGAUGAAGCACCACGCGGUUCCGGUACGAGUACGUUUCUCUCGCCCGACUUCGAGACCAAGGUGGCCGAAUUCCUGUCAACGGUGACGACCGGGAUGAGGGAAAAUACCGCAGCAACUGAGAAUGAUUGGGGCGAACAGAAAUACGCGCCUACCAGCCCGUCGCCUCCUGAUAUGCGGCAGCAACAGGGAAGGGAAUGGGUGCAUAACGGAAUCGAAGUGCCAUCUCUUGGCGGCGGGGGAGUUCGUACAGACCGAGAUGGAACAGCGGUUUUUCCACGCGGUGGUGGGGAGGAGCAGGGGAGAACGGCUAGGGUAGAUGACGAAUCAACGGAAAGCAUCAUCACCGACGAUGGAAGUACGUCCAAUACGUCUGAUACUGACCUACCAGAAACCGUGGUGCUCCCUCCGGUUUGUGCCUUGGGUAGCCCACAGAGACGGAUGCAUUUGCUAGGAUCGAUGGAGGGGAGCUCCCGAAGGACGACGGUAUGAUAUACAUCAAUGUGCCGCCCCCGACGUGUGAUAGAUAUUAGAUAUCAGUGGUUAGUGUUUGCAAGGUUCAUUGGAUGGUUGCCAUUGCUCGGAUGGUCCCGCCCUAUUUUCCUAUAGGUUUUAGACGUGCGAUGUUUGUGUUUUGGUACACCUCUUGUCCUUUUGAGGAAGUGUCCGUGCGGCAGCUUCAAUGAGUGAUGCGUGCAUACUUCUAGCAUGAGCGAAAAAUGGUGAAUGUAAGCCGUUUGUUCUGUCUAGGCACGAUUCCCGUGCCUACCAUUGUUUCCACCGUCGUCCAAGUUUGAGCCUGAUCUCCGCCGAAAUGACCAGCCCUGUGGAAAUGUGGAGUGUCGUCCAGCUUCAGGUGCCGGUUGACACGAACACUCCCUUGGUUUGAAGUUGUACGGCGGCAUGUGCCGCCGUUUGUACCCUGCUGCAGAUAAACCUGCAGGGCAUGAAUGAAUGAGGAGAGUGAAAGUUCGUGAUGCGGUUAUAUAGUCUCGAAUGCCCGCCACUUGCUCGAGCAGCGAGCGGUGAGCGUGCAAUGGGUUACGUUGGUUACAUUUUCAUUUUUGGUGCGAGUACGGUCCCAAUCUCUAGUUGGCAUCCUAUUACCUUCUAGUGACCGGGACAAGGUUUUGGGUUCGAAGCUCGGCGUAAGCGAGCUUUUACUUGUGAAAGUAGUUUCUCCUCUGGCUUCCGUUCCUAGAAAAUAUGUGGUAUUGAAGAACUCUAGUUCGUGGGUGAGUAAGAACAUUUUGAAGGACGAG